GCCCACGGCCGCACCGUCGUCGUCGUUCACGUCGCGCCGCCGCUGCCGCCGCCGCCACGCACGGAAAGCAGCGCCGCCGGCUGUGCUCCACUCUCAAUUCUCACGUUCCGAAACGCGCGUCGUGUGUUAUUCUCACCUCAACCAUCAUUAUUUCUAAUCGUAGCGCGCGAUUGCAUCAACCGCCUCUCUUGGUGCGCGCGUCUUUGGUUAUGUACGCGUUCGCAGUGCCUCCAUUAAAAAUCGUCGCUUCGAGUGCAUCGUGCUUGUGCAGGCAAGGCAUCCGCUAAUUCUACAAUGUGCGGAGAGUCAGGCAGACGAUAGAAGAGGGAGGGGGGCGCACGCCGUAAAGAUAUGAGUAGUCAGGACGAGACCGCCAGCCUGCUUGUAGGACCGCCGCUGACGAGCUCCCCAUCGCCCUCGAACUGCUCCAAACCGGUGCUUAUGCGACAGGAAUGCACCACCUUUCUCGUCUCCAGCCCCCAUCCGCAACUCUCCGUCUUCUCCGACAGCGAUGAGGAGGGAUCUGUGUGCCUCGAGGAGAACAGCACCCGGUCCGUGCCGGACAUAGAGCUGCACUGCAGGCUAGAUCCGAAAGGAUGCAAACAGAGCCUGCCGGCGAACCAUCCGACGCGCAACCGCAGCUCGUCGAAUGCGUUCCAGCUCGGCUCGCACUCGUCGCCGAGGGGCCUGCUGGAGCGGCGCACGUCGUCGCAGGCGCCGGCGGCGUCGCUAAAAAUCAUGCGCUCGGUGUCUAGGGAAUCGUUACGCUCGCCACAUCAUUGUACAUGCCCAUGUCUAAACGCUCCGGUGUGCAGUUGUUGCCCGGCGGGCGGGACGCCAGCAGGCGCGCGCAUAAUCCGUCAAAGUUCGCAGCCGGAGGCUGCAACCAACAACGCGUGCUGCUGCUGCGCGAGCGCCGCCUGCACCCAUGGCGUAACAGGGGGCGGGGCAGCGGGCGGCGCCGCCGGUGGCUCCACCUCGCUGCGUCAACUGCGCGGAGACCAUUCGGAUGGCGGGAUCGCCGGCAUCGCGGCCGACUCGCUGCGGAUCAACGGCGCCUUUCGGACACUCCGACAGGGCUCGGGACUGCUGAUGUCCUCGCAGACGAUGUCGCAGGCGCGCCGCGCCCGCCUGAAGCGCGCCCUCACGGAGGUCACCAGCGACACCGUGUGCUAUUUGCGGAAGCCAGCCUCCACGUUAUCCAUCCCUGGCGCAAUGAAGAACUCCAAUCGUGAUUCGAGUGGCGCUCGCGUUGGUCAAGAGGAACCCGGUGUUGCAUUGGUCGGGCACGUAGACUACCCAAGAUACAUGGAGGAACGAACGCUGGGCGGCAGUGUGUACAAGUCGGGGUCGUCGGGCAGCCUUAAGCACAAGCCCAAUGUGGGUUAUCGCCUUGGCAGGCGUAAGGCCCUCUUUGAGAAGCGCAAACGUAUUAGUGAUUAUGCGCUGGUUAUGGGCAUGUUCGGGAUCAUCGUGAUGGUCAUCGAGAAUGAGCUCUCCAGUGCUGGUGUUUAUCGCAAGACGUGCCUCAUUUUGCAGGAGGAAUUCUACUCAAUCGCGCUCAAAACUCUGAUAUCCGUAUCGACUGUGAUUCUCUUGGGCCUAAUCGUGGCCUAUCACGCUUUAGAAGUGCAACUUUUCAUGAUAGACAAUUGCGCUGACGAUUGGCGCAUAGCAAUGACCUGGCAGAGGAUCAGCCAGAUCUCGAUGGAGUUACUGAUUUGUGCUGUACACCCAAUUCCGGGACACUACAAGUUCGUGUGGACAACGCGAUUAGCAAACAAAAGCGGUGGGACCGGUGUGAAAUGUGUGCCCUAUGAUGUCCCGCUAUCGCUACCGAUGUUUCUGAGGUUAUAUCUCAUCUGUCGAGUGAUGCUGUUGCACAGUAAGCUGUUCACGGAUGCCUCGUCGAGGAGUAUUGGUGCUUUGAACCGCAUCAAUUUCAAUACCCGCUUUGUGCUCAAGACCCUAAUGACCAUCUGUCCGGGGACUGUCCUAUUGGUGUUUAUGGUCUCCCUGUGGAUCAUUGCCAGUUGGACUCUUAGACAAUGUGAAAGGUUUCAUGAUGAGGAGCAUGCGAAUUUAUUGAAUGCAAUGUGGUUGAUCGCUAUAACCUUCCUAAGUGUGGGUUUCGGAGACAUUGUCCCGAAUACUUAUUGUGGAAGGGGUAUAGCAGUUAGUACUGGUAUAAUGGGUGCCGGAUGUACAGCACUGCUGGUGGCGGUGGUCUCCCGCAAACUGGAGCUCACCAGAGCAGAGAAACACGUCCAUAACUUUAUGAUGGACACGCAGCUCACAAAGCGGUUGAAAAACGCUGCGGCGAAUGUGUUGCGGGAAACCUGGCUGAUAUACAAGCACACAAGGCUAGUGAAACGUGUGAAUCCCGGACGUGUACGCACUCAUCAAAGGAAAUUCCUACUUGCCAUCUAUGCAUUACGAAAAGUAAAGAUGGAUCAACGGAAGUUGAUGGACAAUGCAAACACCAUCACCGACAUGGCAAAGACACAAAACACUGUGUAUGAAAUAGUGUCGGAUAUGAGUUCACGCCAGGACAGCCUCGAUGAACACCUCGGCACACUCGAGGAUAAACUGGUGGCGCUGCAGGAGCAGCUGGAGUUGCUGCCCGAUUUGAUCGCGAAUCGAAUACAGGCGCAUGCGGAGAAGAUGGAGCAGCGGCGCAACUUCCUGCAUCCGGAGUCGGCGGCGGGGCUGCAGGCGGCGCGCAGUGUGCCGCCGGCAUGCCCAUGGCCAACGGGACCCGCCCUCCCGCUGCCGGCGCCCACGCCUCCGCAACUCCUCGGGGCCACGCCCAAGCCGCUGCCGACCAUUCCCGCAUCGGGGCAGAGCUGAUUCUCGACGGAUGCGCUGAAUAUCUAAGCGACGCCGAAUACCUGAUAUAACCACACAACCGGAAACCGGAAACAAAGACUAGAAAAUUAAACUAAACGUGAAACAAAAACUAAAAAGUGAAAAAUUCAAAUUUUGACCCAAAAGGAUAACCGGAAGUAACUAAAACAUAUAAAAACAUAAAAACGGACAUUUGAGAUGAUGUAAUUUAGAUUUUAACGCUAGCGAACUUCAUUGUAACAAUAUGCCUUAUAGAAUUAUUGAUUAUUGAUCAUACAGGCCUGAUAAUUCUUCUAUAAUGAUUAACGAUAACGAUAAUUAGAGUUUUACGUGGAAUAUUACUCAAAUACGCGGGCUACAGUGUGAAAAUCGGCUAUAACGUAGACACAAGAUGGCGGCCUUGAUGCGUGACAGGUUCUCGACCAAUACAACUACUUGCUUCAUCCAUCAUUUGCUCAAAACACUCAAUUUUGACAUCUACAACAUUUUAAGGUUAUGUUGUCACACAACCAAGGUCGCCACGGCAAACAAAAUGAAGAGUUGAAUGAAUAUUUUUUGAAAUUAAACUCUAGGGUAACAAAUCUAAUAAAAUUAAACAUUAAACUCAAAACAUUCUUCACUAUUAACUAAAAAUAAACUAAAAACUUAACGAGUAGUAAAAGGGUUGUAAAAAGUAAUCAGUUAAACACCACUCAUUAACUAAAUAGAUUAACUAAAUAAUUAAAUAAAAUACAUACUAAAAUCCUUAUUGAUUUUGAGGUUAUCUUAGGAAUUGAAAUAUCUCACCCAGAUGGCGGUCGUGCUAUGAAAGUUGCCUAACGCCUCACAAACAACUCGUAUCUCUACAAUAUGAUAAAUACAUACAAUUUAAACGUUUACUAAACAUAUUUUAAAGAAUAUUAUAAAACUUUCUUAAGAAGAUUUAAUAGGUACGAUGACAGUUUACGAAAUAUGUUUGAAAUAUGAAAGUAUUAAUCGAUGCCAAAGACGUCACAAUCUUGUCGAACGAGCAUUCUAUCGAGCAUUACUCACUCUCAUUGUAAAUACAUUUUAAUCUUUAUGAUAACAUCAACAUCAACACAAUAUACACACGCAACCCAACACACACACACAUACACACGUAAUUGUGUUAGUUUCACAACCGUACGAAUUUAAUAAGGAUCAUCAGUUUAUAAUCAAAAUUUAAACGAGGUUAAAUGAGGUUAUGUGGGGUAAACAUUGAUAAUAUUGUAGAAAUUACGCUCGAAUUGAACAUUUUAAACACUUUGAUGAAAAUUUAAGACAUUUUUGGGAGAUAGUUUCCGAUUAGGUUCCGAUUUUUCGUGUAGACAAACAAAUCGGAUAGGAAAUUGUAAUAAAAUCGGAGUAGACGCUUAAAAAACCAUUUUUUUUGUGAAUAGACAAAGUUAUGUUUCCAUUUGAUGAUUAUGCAACCAAUUAUACAUAUUUUAUUUUAUUUCAUUGAGAAACUUUGUCUAAACAGUUUAAAAUUGAGAAAAAACGUAGAAAAUGAUAAACUACUUUUGAGUAUAUUCGUAAAAAUAGUUCCAUAACCUAAAAAACUAACCUAUAUAGUUUUCGUUUCCCUCUACGAUUGUUGAAUGCGACGUGUGAUUAAAUUAAAUGAAAGCAAAGAAGAAAAACCAAUGCGCUCCUAGGAUAUACUGUUUACUCUGUACUUGUACUGUAUAGAUGCUGUUUUAUGCGGGGUGUUCCUAUAGAAUUCGCAUUCGAGCCGCUGACAUAACCUAAAACUUUAAUACAUGUACCAUGGCAGAAAUGGCAGCCAUUUUGUUCUCGCCUGUUACGGAAAACUGUCAAACACCAAAACUUUAAUAUUGCCUGUAAUAACAAAUUGUAAACGUACUCAUCCUUCACUCACCACGUUUCACCUUUUUCACAUCGGCACACUUUGAUUCGUAGAAAGGUUUUCGUUUCGUUGAUGUCGCGGUGGGAUUCUGUAUAAUUAUGUUAGGUGUGGCACUUGUGAGGGCAGGUGAUAAAAGAUAAGCAUGAAACAA